AUGGCUGGACAAAAGAUUUGGUUGCGCGCUGAGACCAAGCCCGCCGAGGCCCGGUCUGCCCUGACUCCUACUACUUGCAAGGCAUUGAUUGAUGCUGGGUACGAUGUGACCGUUGAGCGGUCCACCCAGCGCAUCUUCGAGGAUGAGGAAUUCGCCAAGAUUGGCGCUCCUCUCGUCGCCGAGGGCUCCUGGGUUCAGGAUGCGCCCAAGGAUGCCGUCAUUCUGGGUCUCAAGGAGCUCCCCGAGGAGGACUUCCCCCUCGAGCACGUCCACGUCACUUUCGCCCACUGCUUCAAGCAGCAGGGCGGCUGGGAGAGUGUCCUGAGCCGCUGGCCCCGCGGAAAGGGCACAUUGCUCGACCUGGAGUUCUUGACUGAUGACUCAGGCCGUCGUGUCGCCGCUUUCGGAUGGUCCGCCGGUUACGCAGGAUCUGCUUUGGCUGUGAAGAACUGGGCUUGGCAAUUGACACACCCUAACGAGACCUUGCCCGGCGAGGUCCCCUACCCCAACAAGGAGGCUUUGAUUGCCUCUGUUAAGGAGUCUCUCGCGGCUGGUAUCAAGGUUGCUGGCAAGGCCCCUAAGAUUCUCGUCAUUGGAGCUCUCGGACGCUGUGGUAGCGGUGCCGUUGAGCUGGCCAAGGAUGUCGGCAUCCCCAGCUCUAACAUUGUUGAGUGGGAUAUGGCAGAGACCAAGAAGGGCGGCCCCUUCGAGGAGAUUGCCGAGUCCGACAUCUUCGUAAACUGCAUUUACUUGUCCAGCAAGAUCAACCCCUUCGUCAACCUCGAGUCCCUCUCCAACAGCCCCAACCGCAACCUGUCCGUCAUUUGCGACGUCAGCGCCGAUACCUCCAACCCCUUCAACCCCAUCCCCCUGUACGAUAUCACCACCACCUUCGACAAGCCCACCGUCCCCGUCAAGGGCCUCAAGGAUGGCCCCGCUCUCAGCGUCAUCAGCAUUGACCACCUCCCCUCUCUGCUCCCCCGCGAGAGCUCCGAGAUGUUCAGCGCUGCUCUCCUGCCCAGCCUUCUGACUCUGAACGACCGCUCCAACGCCCGUGUCUGGAAGCAGGCCGAGGAGCUCUUCGACGAGAAGGUGGCUACCCUGCCCAAGUCUUACCUGGCAUAA